UUCUUCGCUGAGAGUCGCCGCGGUUUCCUGCUUCAACAGUGCUUGGACGGAACCGGCGCUCGUCCCCCACCCCGGCCGGCCGCCUACAGCCAGCCCUCCGUCACCUCCACACCGCGUCCUCGGAUCGUCCCAAGGCCCCGGCCUCUCCAGCGCCGCGCAGCCACCGCCGUCGCAGCCUCUCCUUAGCCGCCGCCAUGAAGACCGCAUCACCUUCGCAGGUGCGCCAGAACUACCACCAGGAUUCAGAGGCCGCCAUCAACCGCCAAAUCAACCUGGAGCUCUACGCCUCCUAUGUUUACCUGUCCAUGUCUUACUACUUUAACCGAGAUGAUGUGGCUUUGAAGAACUUUGCCAAGUACUUUCUUCACCAGUCUCAUGAGGAGAGGGAACAUGCCGAGAAACUGAUGAAGCUGCAGAACCAACGAGGUGGCAGCAUCUUCCUCCAGGAUAUCAAUAAACCAGACCAUGAUGACUGGGAGAGCGGGCUGAAUGCGAUGGAGUGUGCAUUACAUUUGGAAAAAAAUGUGAAUCAGUCACUACUGGAACUGCACAAACUGGCCACUGACAAAAAUGACCCCCAUUUGUGUGACUUCAUUGAGACGCAUUACCUGAAUGAGCAGGUGAAAUCCAUCAAAGAAUUGGGUGACCACGUGACCAACUUGCGCAAGAUGGGAGCACCCCAAUCUGGCUUGGCAGAAUAUCUCUUUGACAAGCACACCCUGGGAGACAGUGAUAAUGAAAUCUAAGCCUUUGGCUAAUUUGGCUAAUUUCCCCAUAGCCACAGGGUGACUUCCUGGUCACCAAGGCAGUGCAUGCAUAUUGGGGUUUCCUUUACCUUUUCUAUAAGUUGUACCAAAACAUCCACUUAAGUUCUUUGUACCAUUACUUCAAAUAAAAAAAUUUGGUACCCAAAAAAAA